CCCGGCCGAGGGACACGCCGUCCAGGUUCAGACUCUUGAACGAAACGCCGGCGUGUGCAAGGCGACAGUGGAACAGCGCGUUUGGAGCCCCGAGAGUUUCAGACCCUUCCCUCGGGUACCCCAGCGCGCCUCGUGUCCCAUAUUUAGCAAAUCCGGAAAACGUGGUACAAUGUCGGUCGAGGCGAGCGCGAGCGGGCGCACUUUGCGCGUGGACCAGUGCCCGCCGAACACCCGCCUGCUGUUCGACAAUCCGGAGACCCUCAUCUCGCACCGAUGGGACCCCAAGCGGCAAAAGAACGCCUUCGUGGCCAGGCCCACCGAGGCAUUCACCGUCGCCCAGUGGGAGAUCGACAAGUACGUGCGCGACGCACCGAAAAUAGAGGCGGAGGCGGAGGCGCCGCCCGCGGACGAGGGCGUGCGCUCGCUGCGCCCCCCGACGUUCCCGGACGACCGCUCCGAGAAGGCGUACGUCGCGUGGUGCAACCCCGAGGGAUCCGUUCGCGGCGCCGCGGUGCACAGGAUCAAGAAGCACGGCGCGGGCGUCGCUCCCCCAGGGUACCUCGUCGACCACAGGUCCAAACGAGAACCGCCCCGCGCGAACGCGUCGCUCGCCGUCCGGGGAUCCCUGUCCACGUGGAUCGCGCCGGGCGAGGAUACGCUGGGCGCCACGAUCGUCGGGACGUCCACCGUGCGUCAGACGCACGCGCCGCUGUCCUCCACCGAGUACGUGUCGCGGCGAAUCGGCAAAGGUUCAUUCGGCGAAGGGUUCGGGUCGGGAGACGUCGCGGCCGUCGCCACGCCGCCGCGCGCGAGGGAUCCCCUGAGGCUCACGCACGGCAGGGCGCCCGGCGGUCCGGACGAUUGGAAAACCGCGCACUUCCACGCCAGGUCGCGGUCCUCGCACGGCGUUCCCGCCGACGCGUUGGACCCGGUGGAGGCUGCGACGAGGACGAGCAGGUUCGGCGUAUAUACGCGGACCGCCGGGGUCACCGCGGUGGGGUCGAUCAACUCCUCGGGCUUCGGGGCGAUGAACUCGACCGCGGCGAGGCUCGGGUUGACGACGACGAGCGGCCCUCGCGCCGCGUUCACGCGGUCGGAUAACUCCGGGGGUUCGUUCGGUCUCGUCGGCGACUCGUGGAGGGAGCGGGUCACCGCGGGGGCGGAGAGGAAGAGGGCCGCGGAAGUGGCCGGGGAGAGGCGCUCGGGGAACGGCAGGGGCGGCGGGGGGCUCCCCGUGGACGACGGCGAGGUGGAACGCAUCCGCGCGGAGCGAGAGGCGAGGAUCCGGGUGCCGAUGCCAUCCGCCGGCGCGAGCAGGCCGGGCACGGCAAACGUCGGGUCCCCGGUCGCGGGGUUCCGGGAGGAUUUCGAGUUUGGCGAUUCGGCGGUGACCGAGCAGGAGCUGGUGAGCAAGGAGUCCCAUCUGGCGCGUCUGCGAACGAUAAGCCGAUCGCUGAACGCUCGACAGACGCACAUAGUGGGCAGGCGCAUGGAGAAGGCGCGGAUCCAAAUCGAGGAGGAUGUGGCCGCGAGGUUUGCUUUGCGAUAGACUUGUUGUAGUAAAACGCC